GAAAUAAGCAUUAGACAUGGCGACUGACGCACUUCCCUUUUCUUUCUGAGUCGACAGCCAUCAUGCCGCCUAAAAAGGAUACCAAGGGGUCUUCUAAGCAACCACAGAAGACACAGAAAAAGAAAGAGGGAGGAUCUGGUGGCAAAGCCAAGAAGAAGAAGUGGUCCAAAGGAAAAGUACGCGACAAGUUAAACAACCAAGUGCUGUUCGACAAAGGCACAUAUGAGAAGCUGCUGAAAGAAGUACCCCAGUACAAAUUGAUCACACCAUCUAUCGUUAGCGAAAGGUUAAAGAUCCGCGGAUCCCUUGCCAGGAGGGCGCUGAUCGAACUCCAACAAAAAGGACUCAUUAAACAAGUUGUGCAACACCAUGCGCAAUUGAUUUACACGCGUACCACGAAAGGCGAUGAUCCAGCUUCGUAAUCUCGUUUCUACGAAAUGUAUAAAUACGUUUAAUAAAAAAUCUAUAUAAAUUCAAA